AGCCUUUUCCUUUUCUUCUUGCAUUCAGCUGUACUGCAUGCCCGCUGCUACUCUCAUGGGUCCCAAGAAUCAGAUGAAGAAUUUGAUGCUCGCUGGGUGACUUAUUUCAACAAGCCAGAUAUCGAUGCCUGGGAGCUCAGGAAAGGAAUAAACACACUUGUGGGUUAUGACCUGGUUCCAGAACCAAAAAUCAUCGAUGCAGCUCUGAGGGCAUGCAGACGGUUAAAUGACUUUGCCAGUGCCGUCCGCAUCUUAGAAGUUGUAAAGGACAAGGCAGGACCUCACAAGGAAAUCUAUCCUUACGUUAUCCAGGAACUUAGACCAACUUUGAGUGAAUUGGGAAUCUCUACUCCAGAGGAACUGGGCCUGGACAAAGCAUAAAUCGUAUUGGU